AUGUUGGUUCUGCUUGAGACGUCCACAGGCUUUGCCCUGUUCAAGCUUCGCCACGAGUCACGCCUGCGGGCGGCGACCGAAGAAGAUCUCGGCGCCAUUUUCGAGUCAGAUCCGGAGCGCCUCGGAAAGUUCCUUAAACUGAAAGCUUUUCAAAAGUUCAAGGAUCUCUCUGAAGCUUUGACCGCGGCGGCUGCGCUCUCGGAGGGCAAGUUGUCAAAGAGUUUGAAAAAGUUCUUAAAACGGAAUGUGGAGCAGAGCGAUGCCGUGGCGGUUUGCGAACCGAAACUCGCCGGCAUAGUGAAAGAAAAGCUCGAUCUGGAGUGCGUUUAUGAUCCGGGUUUGAACGAGGUUAUGCGAGGUUUACGUGCGCGGUACUCGGAUCUGCUCCGAUCGGAGCUGGAACUGGAAACGGAGCGUCCCAUGGUGCUCGGUUUGGCGCACUCGCUUUCUCGAUACAAGCUUAAGUUCUCACCCGACAAGAUCGAUACCAUGAUUGUACAAGCAAUUGCGCUCCUUGAUGACCUAGACAAGGAAAUCAACACAUACGCCAUGCGAUUGCGAGAAUGGUUCGGCUGGCACUUCCCGGAACUUUCCAAACUGGUCCCUGACAAUGCCCUCUAUGCAAAACUGAUCGCCCAGAUGGGCACUCGACGAGGUGUCAGCCGCAUCGACUGGGAGCAGUUUGGGGACCAAGUGCAUAGGGAAGCUGUAGAGUCCGCAGCACGCGUGAGCAUGGGCACGGAAAUAAGCGACGAAGAUGAGCGGAACAUCGAGGAGCUUGCGUUGCAGGUGGUGAGUUUGUCUGAAUAUCGCGCAGAGCUCUUUGCGUACCUCUGUAAUCGAAUGCGGGCGAUCGCUCCGAACCUCACAGCCAUGGUCGGUGAAAUCGUCGGUGCUCGCCUGAUUGCACACGCGGGUAGCCUGCUGAACCUGGCCAAGUUCCCAGCGUCGACGAUCCAGAUUUUGGGCGCUGAGAAAGCCCUCUUUCGUGCAUUGAAGACCAAGCACCCUACACCAAAGUACGGCUUAAUUUACCAUGCGAGUUUGGUUGGUCAAGCGCCACCUCGAAUCAAAGGCAAAAUCUCCAGAGUCCUUGCAGCGAAGACGGCGCUCGCGGUACGCCUAGAUGCGCUUACCGAACGAGAUGAAAAUGUCGAGCAAAUCACAGCCGUAGAUGAUGAGUCCGCGGCACGUGUAGCGCUUGGAAUGGAGAACCGAGCAAAGGUUGAACGCCGUCUCCGGCAACUGGAGAGCGCAGCGUCGAGCCGUGCGCCUGGUCGACGUCAAGCGCAAUCGUAUCCAGCGACGGUACACGCUGACAGCACCCGUUCACGGCCGUCACGGUAUGAUCCGCCGGUGGAAAAACGCAGUUAUCGAGUUGGCGAUGAUGCGUUGCCAUCCGACGGCUACUCUUUCCGACCUGCGGCCGCGAAUAAGGCCCACACCUCUGCGGACCAGGCGGACGAUAAGAAGCGCCACAGAAAUGGACCCUCUGGUACCGGAAGCCGUGAGAGCAAGCGUCCCAAGGAGGCAGAUGAACGUCCCUAA